GUGAAAGGGUGAGUUGGAGAAGGGGGGGGAGGGUAGAGAAUAAACCCAGAGGGAGGGGGGGAGCAGGGCCUGGGGGCGGUGUUUGUGGUGGGAUUCCCUGCAGCAUUGCACCCUUUAUAGUCCAUUGUUAGAGGGUAAAAGGAGAGCACACUGUAGGGAGAAGGGACAGCCUGCAGAGUGUAACCUGAGCUGUGAGAGAGAGCUAUCUUCACCCAGGGAGAAUCACAAACCCACAGUUACAGGGCUCUGCACCCAUUACACAUGCCCAGUGCUUGGAGGCUUGGGGUCAUUCACUGCAUGGACUAGUGCAAGAGGCUGAUCCAACCCUCUUUUUUUCUUUUUGGAUGAUAAACUGCAUAUUUUUUGUCCCAUCACCUUUAAAAACAGCACCCAAGGGUGGCAUUCAUGCUGGAGAUCACGUUUCCCAGUCGCCUGAUGGAUUGGUGUUGCCCACUGGAUUAAUAUUUUGGGGAGAUUGUCUGGCACAGGAGCAGGAUAUUCAGCGCCUGAAGAAGCCCUUUUGGAGUUUUUGGAGGGAUCUUUGCGAUCCUUGGAUUAUCAGUGAUUUCGAACGUUCACACCAUACUGGACGUUCCAAUGAAUGGAGAGACAGCUCAGCCUGGGAACUGAGCCCCGAAAUCACUAGGUAAGGAAUACGGGGUCACAUCGCUCUACGCCAGGCGGGCAAGUACAUUGGAUAGGGUGCGAUGGAUGUUUAGGGGGAAUAUGAGAAAUACGUACUGUAUAUAUUUCCCAACCAAUAACAGCACAACCGAAUGUGCUUACAGCGAGGGGGUAUGAUUUACAGCGAUAUUCGACACGUGUGCCUGUGUUUAUUUUUAAUUCGUAGUUUUUGCCUCCACGGGGAUUUAUUCACUAAACAGUGACUUGUAAGGGAGUGAAAAAAGAAUUACAGAAUUUUGGUGAAAAAAAUAAAUAAAAAUGCCAAAGUGUCACUUUAGAGGAGUUAAAGAUUUUUUUCUUUCUUUCUACAAAUCGUUAGGGUUUUUUUGCAUAAAUUUUGGCAGUUUGUGCUAGAUCCCUUCAGUUCCCUGUUUUAGUUCUGUGUGCGGUGAGAGUAUCGAUCUGUAUUCUGAGCGUUGCUAUCUGAUCACUGUUCUAUUUACCCUUUAAAAUAGAUACUAUUGUAGAUUGGAUAUUCACUCUUACUCAAAUCGGGUCCACUGUACGUGUGCUUCAAACAGCUAUACUGUAUCUGUAAAAUGUGCAUUGGGAUAGUGGGAUAACUGUCUCAGGGUUGUUGUGAAAUGGGGGGUUAGGGAUGAUCUUAUUUCAGUACCCACUGUUUUGAGUCUCCUGAUCACUGAUGGGUUAUAUAAGGGUAUCCAACACUUUUAUGAUCAUAACACAACCUCUCCAAAGCAAUAUCUAUAUUUUGCACCUGCUUUGCAGAGUUAAUACACAGGAUCUUCCAUAAUGGAAUUUUGGGAAUACAAUUAAACACAGCUUUUCACUAAAGUCUGUCCUAAAUUCAAAGUGAAUUAACAAAAAUUAGACCAAAAAAGCUGGGUUGAAAUUUUCAAAUUCACUUUGAAUUCCCGACAAUUUUAAUUUUAGUAUAACUCGUGACAGUAUUUUAAAAUGUGAUUUAUUUUUAUAUAUAUAUAUAUAUUGUAGGAUCUGUGGGGCAGUGACUGGUCUUUUAGAACUUUCACUAUCACUUUUUUUUAAAUUUUAUUUUUAAAUUUACAAUUCUUGGAGCAAUGUUUUGUGAUUUUUAAUGUCUAAAAAGUUGGUAAGCAUUUUGUGAUGUGUGUGUUUUGUUUUUUAAGCAGUCGCGUUUGUGAACUACAUUUCCCAUGACGUUCAGCCAACCAACCGUGGGAAAUGUUCUUCACAAAUAUCUGUGCAGGGCAAGGUCUGCCCUCAGUUGUGAUAGAGGUUAGGCUGUGUGGCCCGGGAAAGGGCGUGUUGUGAUAUAUCUCCUGGUCUGCUCAGGCAUUCUAAUGACAUCUUAUCUCUUGUGAUUGCAGAGCUGCUCUGUGUAAACUCAGUCUGGUAACAUAACUAUUCUGUAAAUCUAUAACCAGGAUAGCCUUGGCACACAAAGGCCUUUGUCGUGCUGUGUUCAAAGAUUAAGCGGAGCCCCUGGUCCCUGCAGCUAGUUACACAUUGAUAUCCCUUGGAAUGUGUAUACAGAGCUGGGGAGGGAGGAAGGGAUUUGCCCCCCUCCCUUCCUGAUAUUCAUUAUUCUCUGUUUAUUCUAAGAUUCUGGACUAAUGGCUCAGAGCCAUGCAUGGCAUUCUAAGGGGACACUACUUUGCACUUUACCAUUUGGAAAUCACUAAUGGUAUUGAAGUAAGGAGUGUCUGGUAGUUAUGGGCCAAGUCGAGUAUAAUAUUUUUUUAUUGCACAAAAAAGGAAUGCACACACUGACCUGUGAAAUAAAAAAUAGUAAACAAAACAAUGAAACAAAAAAGAAAAAUGAAACAUAAAAAGGAAUAGUCAUUAUUUUUUAUUUAUUUUAACUUCUUGUCUUUUUUUUAUAUUUAUCUUAGCUUGCCUAGUUAUCUUCUCUAGUAAUACUUACAGUAAACCAAUCACUAGUGCUGUCACCAUUAUUUCGUACGUACACAAUUACGCAUUUUUCCUUUUGGUUGGAGUCAGGACAGGGCUAUAGAGGUUUAUUAACAUACUUCAGACUUUGGUGUAUUACGGAUUCUUGUCAACACUGGUAAUUUAACAAGUAACCUCUUCAGAUGUGGGAAAACGCUUGUGCUUGCUUUUCUGAAAUAGAUUAAAGUCACUGAAGGCUCAAUCAGUUCCAGAACUUGUGUUUAAUGGUCUAUAUGAUAUAUCUGCCCGAUGAAAGAAUAAUUUGACAUUUGUAUUGCUUUUGUUUUGUCUAUAUGUGCGGAAUUUGUCACUGAGACUUAUGCAACAUUUUCUAUCCUUUUUCUCUAGUGUAAACACCAUUUACCCAACCCAUUUGAUUCCUAUUUGAUUGAACUAUGGCGAUCUCUCCCAGGAGCCUCUUGUGUUUCCUGCUUCUUGUCAAAUUGGCCUUAAGUAUGCCUACAAUUCCGGGGGACCAGGCUAAUUGGAAAGGUAAUGUUUAAACAGCUAUGUAUUCCUGAAUGCUGUAAUAUUUACUGUUCUAUGAGGACAAAUAAAUGUUGAGGUUGCACUUUUAUAAAAUUAACUUAUCAUAUAAAUCUCUGGAAUAAUCUUGUACACCAGAACAUGGGGGUCAUACCCCCAAUAGUUGUUUCUUCAGAUGAAAUUGAGACACGGCAUCUAUUAUUAAGUUGCCCUAACUUAUCACUUGUGCCAUCAGUCCUCUAGGGACACUCCAAAUGGGACCCCUGGUGACAUUUAGUAUACAGGUGUCUUAGAUAUUCAGUAACCUGCUGUGUUUGGGGUACAAUUAGAGGUCAGAAGUUGACAUCCAGGUCAAAAUACAAGUUCAGGAGUUUAUCAUUGGGAGAGGUGUGAAAAAUCUCACCUCUCCUGAAGUGUGUCUUCUUCACUCCAAGACCCCAAAAACACACACAAAGUUCAGCUGCUAGGUUAAAUAAACUCAAGGAUAAUUAAGGGGAAAGGGAAUAUAAGGUGUUAAGGCGACACCUUUAUUUUGCUCAAAUUUGAAUGGCUACUCCUUCAUUAGCAUUUUAACGAUGUGGCAUACAAUUAUGACUGCUGUAAGGGCUGUUAAGAUAACUGUUUAUAUAAAGCAUGGCUUCACAGUCUCUGAUUUAGUAUUACUUUGCACAUGCAAUGAUGUUCAAAUUGUAUGUAUUCCAUUUACAGAUUUGUUAAAAUUAUUAAUGUUCAGUCCUGUGGUGUACAAUUGAAUGCUUCAGAUAUAAGAUUCCAAUUAUAGUAUCAGUUGUGUUACUAGUCUUUCUGAAUUCUUUUUUUGCAUCUUAAAUCAGAGUUGUUUCCAAAGUAAAUCUAACAAACGUUACUUUUUCAUGAUCAAAUAGUUAUUUUUAAUAUUAUAAGAUUUGUAAUGAAGGUUGUAAUUAAAGAUGCAAAAGAGACUUAACAUAAUUAAAACCAUACAAAAUAUAUUAAAAAGAAAACAAAGAAACAAAUAAUGGCAUGUACAAAUUGUAGUAGUAAAAGAUUAAUGCUGAAUGAGCGUAUGGUGAGCUGGCUUGAUUACGUUGAUAGUGUGUCACUUGCACAGUUUGGAAUGAUUGAAUGCAUUCUUAACAUAUAUUCACACUGAUACAUAACCCAUAGGUAACAGAUGAAAACAAGCAUGUAUCAGGGCUUCAACAGUAAUGCCACCAACAAGUAAUACAUUACAUUUGUAGCAUAGUUUGUUAUGUUAUAUGCUAUAUGUUUGUGGAAACAAGCUAGUCCAUUUAUAGUGGUUAUAGUGUAACAGUUGGAUGAACAGUCCUACAAGUCAGUGUUGUUUUUGUUCUGUUGUUAAAGCAUUGUGGCUGUGUUUAAAAUGAGAGUUGGCUACAAACAUGGUCGCUCAUGCUUGCAUUCCGUUUGCGUUUGUUCAGAAGAUUCUAAGAAUUCUCCAUCUGAGCUGGAGGAACACCUUCUUCUGGACCCAGGCAAUGCAUUGCGUCUGUUCUGCGAUACCAACCAGAGCAACAGCGUUAACUGGUAUCGUGAGCAUGAAAGGUUACUCUCUGGAGGAAGAAUUAGGAUGGUUGGCACUAUUCUGGAGGUUUCGGAUGUAACAUAUGAAGAUUCAGGACUUUAUCUCUGUGUGGUCCGGGGAACUGGCCAAAUUCUACGAAAGUUCUCUAUAUCUGUUGUUGGUAAGUGAACUGACAAAACAGGAUUGUUAAUGGUUCUGCAUUACUUACUACAAGUAAUUGAGAAGCAUGUCUGAGCUGUUAUUUACUAGUGCACACAAGAUGUUAUUAGACCUUACCACUAAUUAUACCAGGGAUGAAAUAUAUGGCCUUGCGAGCUUAUGUGCUUUUGGCUCAUAACACAUUUUCCUCUACAGAUUCAUUGGCUUCAGGAGAUGAUGAUGAUGAUGAUGAGGAUGGCCAUAGAGAUGAGGGUGACUUAAAUGAAGAACCUGUAAAUUUUUUCCAAGGUGAGUGGUCUUCUGUAAUUGCUAAUAAGGGGUUAUCAUAACUCUCCACCCUUCCUCCCCUUUCCUCAAAGCUAUAAACUAUAAUUCCCUGUUUUGGGCAGUCUGGAUCUUAAGUUCUCCACAUACCAAAGAACAGGCUGCUUGUGAUGUCCUGUACAUUUAGAAAAGACCUGUGACCUAUGCCCUGGGGUUAGGAGAUAAACAGAACAGACCUGACUUUUACUCUAAAUGAUAAUGUGACAUCAGUCUUGAGUGGAUUUUUACAGAAUGCAAUCAUUGCCUAAAUGUAAAUACAAAUUGCGACAUUGGGAAGCUGAUCAAUUUAAUGUUCUACUUGAGAACACAGGAGGAACAGGAAGCCUGUAAAGACAAUGAAUGCAUUCAAUUAUUGAUUCAAUGUAACACUUAUAACUAUGAAAGAACACUUUAAUAUCACCUUGUAGACAGGAAGCCAAUAUUGUAUCCAAACAACAGCAUGGGCACAACUAAAGGUUCAAAUUGGAUUACGGAGGACACGUGCAUUGCUACAAUAACAUGGAGGAAGAAAGUGUAAAUCAGAUUAGUGUAAUGUAAUGGCCAUUGACAAAUCUAAAUCUCUUUGCUUUCAGCUCCUUACUGGACCCAGCCCCAGCGCAUGGACAAGAAGCUGCAUGCUGUACCUGCUGGGAACACAGUAAAAUUUCGCUGUCCCGCUGCUGGGAGUCCAAUUCCUACUAUCCGAUGGUCAAAAAACGGUCGUGAAUUCCGAGGAGAGCAUAGAAUUGGAGGGAUCCAAGUAAGUUUUCACCAUCCAGUGGCAUAUAUGUCAAUAAUUAGCCGCAUAGUAAAAUAAAAUCCCUCUAAAGGAUGGAUGGAAUGUUUUGUAAUCUGAUAUUCCUAUAAUAUGGUCAGUUCAGCCGACAUUUACGCUUAGUGUCAGUAUAAAUAUGUGUCCAUGUAACUUUUGGAAUAUGGACCUCAUACUAUCAUUUUACUUUCUUAUUGUUAUAUAUAUAUUUAUUUUACCAAUUGUUACUUAAUAUUAAUCAGGCAGAUGUCUUAGAAGAGUGGCAUCAGUAGUUUGAUAUGCCGAUAGACCUAAUUGAAACAUAUAUGUCUUUUUGUUCAUAAACAGUUGUUAUCCCUUUUAUCUAUAGCUGCGGCAUCAGCAUUGGAGUCUCGUCAUGGAGAGCGUGGUACCAUCUGACCGUGGGAACUACACCUGUGUGGUAGAGAAUAGAAUGGGCAGCAUUAGCUACACCUAUUUAUUAGAUGUACUUGGUAAGUUGUUGUUUUUUUUUUUGUUUUUUUUUUCAAAGCAAAUUAUCCAAAUUAUUGUUAUCUAUCUGAAGCGUGAAAGAGCUAAUAACUAAAAAAGGUUUUCACUGAGCUGCAAAAUCAAAGUAAAUUUCAAAUUUAAGGCCAGAGUAGCCAAACUGAAAGGAGAACUGACUUAGAGAAUGUUUUCCAGUCUGACUACUUUAAACUAAAAUCUGACAUUUACUUUCACCUUGAAUUCUCACUUUAGAAUGAAAAAAUAAUUAACAUUUAAAUUGAUUUUUAUUUCAUAAUUAAUUUUAAAAGAUACAUUCAACUUUUACUAAUCAAAGGAAGUUGUCAUCAGCAGUUUUAUUGAGAGACACUAAUUUUCGCAUGAAUUUGAGAGAGAAGGACUUUUCUAUACUGUCUGUACUAACAAUCUGCUCAAUGCACACCCUGAUUCUGUCAAAACACCAGCUAAUCCACUGUAAGCCAGGCUUUUAUGUUAAAAAGUAUAUGGCCAUUUUUGUUUUACAAUUCUAAGUGCACGAGGCUUGUUAUUUACUGGUCAGAUUUUGUAGCUAGUCAGACAAAGAAGCUGCUUUUCUGCACUGUACAUUGUCGUCAGUACUGUGAGUUAAUCACAGAGUAGGUUUUCAGUAAUGGGGCAAACAGGCAGACCGGCAAGUGAGGACAGGAAUUGGUGGCGUCCCAAAAUAUUUUAUGGUCUCCCUGCUCAGACCAUCUGAGACUUCAAAGUCAUUAAAAUACUGUCAAGGCCAUAAAACUAUUAAGGGUCAUUAUGUUCUCUGCAGCCACAGGCUGCUCUUCUGUUAGUCAGCAGAACCCUCAGUGUAAAUGAUCUGUGUGGUAUUUGAGAUGCUGUCUUAACACAGUAGUUUUUUAUGGAUGGUCAUUUUAUACAUUUUUUGCUGUGGUAAUAAUACAAUCAUUAGAUUUGUAGGGGCUCUCAUUAUGAGACUUGGAUGACAAAAAUCAAACUGAAUACUGACAGUUAAAUUUGUUACCAAAUUGCACCCCAUUCCUUCUAGCAUGUAAGCUAAUUGAGCAGGGCCCUCAAACCCUCUGUUCCUGUGCGUCCAUUUGUCUAGUUACAAUUACGUGUCUGUGUUAGUCCACCCAUUGUACAGCGCUAUGGUAUUGGUUGGUGCUAUAUAAAUAAUAAAAUAAUAAGAAUAAUGAAACUUUCUUGUAGGCAAUCAUGACUUAAAAUAUUUGGAAGAGGCUUUAAUGUUCUGAUGUUUUGUUCUACCUGUUAUCAAAAUAGGCAUAUGCUUAUUCUGGUUCAUCUAUUAGUAUGCUAAGUCUUUUAAAUCUUAUUUGAAUCCUUUGAAAUAAAUAGUAGAAUGUUCAGAAUGCAACAGAAAAUAUGAGUUACCAAAGAAAACUUGCAAACUUUAGUGAUAAUUGUGGACAGCAAACACAAGCGGAAAUCAAUGCUUGGCUUAUAUCCCAUGGACAGAAAAUAAUGGGUUAUAAGCACCAAUUUGGGAACAAUCUAGAACAUUCCAUAAUGUUCUUGCUGAUGUAUCCAAUUUAACACUCUCCCCUAGAAUUCUGAUAAACAUGGUCUAGAGUCUGAUUUAAAAGGCAGAUAUGGAGUUGCAGACUCCACCAGACAAAUGCACGUGAUAUAUCUAUCCUUUCCCAUGUGUUGUGUGUUUACAAAGAAAAUUCUACAGGCAACUUAUUUUCUUAACAACAUUCUAUAUUUUUAAUUACAGAAAGGUCAUCUCACCGACCGAUAUUGCAGGCUGGACUACCAGCUAACACCACGGUUCGUGUAGGCAGUAAUGUUGACUUCUACUGCAAGGUGUACAGUGACGCCCAACCACAUAUCCAAUGGCUCAAGCAUAUUGAAAUUAAUGGAAGCCGUUUUGGGCCCGAUGACGCACCUUAUGUGCAAGUACUGAAGGUAAAGACUCUACAUAAUCUCCUGAAAAUUAUCUUUUUCCUUUAUAUUUUUUUAAAAAAAACAAUAUUAUUUUUUCAUUUUAAUAAUGUUAAUUUACUGGUGAAUUCUACAGUUUAACAUUGCCCUAUAAAUAAUACCUCACCAUUACGCUUUCCUGAGUUGCUCCUUUGUGGCUAUUUUCAGACUGCGGAUAUUAACACUUCAGAGGUAGAAGUGUUGCAACUGCGCAAUGUCUCUAUGGAAGAUGCAGGAGAGUACACCUGCUUGGCAGGAAAUUCAAUUGGACUGUCUUAUCAGUCUGCCUGGCUGACCGUACUACCAGGUAAUUGCAAAGACAAUUGUUCCUAUAGACUUAAUGCCUACUGCCUUGAUUAUUUCUGAUAUUUAAUAGCCUGUGCUAUUAGAAAUGUAAUAUUUCCCUGUAUGCUGAAAUACAGGAUACCCUUGGUAGGUGAAGGAAAAGGCAGUGAAGUGGUUGUGAGUGAUGACGUACAUACCAAUAGACCAAAAGACAUAUCAAAGCAUAAAUUAAUCCAAGAGAGCAUUUUUUUUUUUCAAUUAUACGGUGUAUGUUACAUAGGGUAACAAAAAAUUUGUAUUAAUUGGAACUGUGUUUGGUUAAUUUAGGAAAAAUAGAAUUGGGUGUAAUAUUUGUAUUUGUUGUUGAGGUUACUAAGCAGUAUCACAUAACGACUAAUAUUUCAGAGUAUGUAAUUAUUACUAGUGAGCCUGUGUUGAGGGGAAAUGAUUAAGGAUAUUAAAUUUCAAUUUAAGGCAAUUUAUUUUCUAGUGACACUAGCUCCGCUAGUUGUUACGAGGCUUAGUUGUAGCAGCGGAACCUAAGUUGACUUGGUUGCUUGUUAAGAAAUUCCAAAUAGCAUGUUUCUAAGAGAAACAUCAUUUGAUUCAUGUAACACAAUUCUUUGUUGUGGGAUGGAUAGUAUCACUCAGCUAUAUAAUAAAAAUUAGUCAUUAACUAGAAGAGAUCCAGCGCAGUAAUAUUAUUGAGGCAAUUAACAGAGCACAUCUGUGCAAGCAGCUUUGGCUUUGCCAUCCCAGACAUGGGCCAUUUCUGAACAGAUGUGUGUGGUGGAAUGGGAAGAACAGAUGGGAAUUGGUGAGAGAGGAAAAGCAUAAAGGCAGGUCAAGGUCACAGAUGUAACAAUGACCCUGGUCUUAACUUCCUUCCCCCCCAACAGAGGAAGCUUUCUUGGAGGAGGCUGAGCCUGCAGAGUCUAGAUACAUGGACAUCAUUAUAUACACCUCUGGAUUUCUGGCUGUGGCAAUGGCAGUCGUUAUUGUGAUUUUGUGCCGCAUGCAAAUGACACACAAUAAACAGCCACCUACUAUCCACAAAUUGUCAAAGUUCCCCUUAAUGAGACAGGUAAGUGUCCUCCGAUGUGAUGAAUUUCUCUAAUAACAGUCAAUCACUUUUACUUUGCUCAGUGUGUCUUGUCCACUGAUUUAUUUAAGUAUUGAAAACAUCUAUAAAUUUAUAAAUAAGUAUGGCAGAGAUUUAGGGAUUGUGUUGCAUUCUGCUGCAAAUGGAUGACAUUAGCUGACUUGUGUAGAAAUAUACUCUGAUCACAGAAUAUCUCUUAUAUAUUUUGUAGGCAUCUAUUUCUGUUUUCUAUGUAAUGAAAUUUUCUGGUACAUCAUUAUUUGGUGGUACAUUUCUAACAAUUAUAUGUGUAUGUGUCCCUAGUUCUCACUGGAAUCCAGCUCCUCUGGAAAGUCUAGUGCCCCUCUCAUCCGAAUUACCCGACUCUCUUCAAGCUGUGCCCCAAUGCUCCCAGGUGUCAUGGAAGUUGAGCUACCCCUGGAUCCCAAAUGGGAAUUCCCCCGAGACAGGUCAGUAUUUGAACUCACAUAUAUGCUCAGUGAAUAUCCUGUGUGUCUAUUGCUUAAAGUGAUUGUUAUCUCUUCAGACAAAGGAUAUUUUAUUUCUGUUUUUAAAAAUAUUUUAUAUUCUUUAUUUUUGCUGUGCAAAAUGAAGUACAAACAUGUCUGCGAUGCCACGAUAGCAAUAACAGACAAUUCAACACUUACAUUGUCAUGACAUAAGAUUAAGAUGCACAUUUAUUUAAAUUAAUAAACAGGAUAAUGCUAAUUAUGUCAGCAGAUUAGUAAAUAUGAGACUAAUGAAAGGUUGUGUAGACUGACAUUUUGCCUCAGUAGAGUAACAAGUGUGAGAUGCAAUUAUAGUGAUGCAUCCUGAAAAAAUUGAAAACCGGUAACAGGAGUCCACCACAUUGUAGUUAAAGUAGGAGAAAGCCUAUAUAAGCAGGUUGCCAGGGUGUGCUUCAGGCUUCAUCCGAUGCCCAACGUGCUAGGAGAGUGUUUGGCUCUGUGAGGAAGAUUCCAUAUGGGUAAGUGUAAGUGGCGCGGGGGCAUAGAGUAGAGGUCUGCGGUCGGGUGCCAUAUCUCCUUUCUGGUGCAGCAGCCAUAUUGAGGGGUCAAGAGGUGUAAUGCCCCAGGCCUACGAAUUGCAGCUAGAGUCAGGACUGCUGCAGGCUCUGUUCCAGGUCCCGAGGGGUGAGUGAUGCUGUGCUGCCUUGGCAUCCGCUGUGUGGGUUCAGGCUGACCAGGUGGUCUUGAGGUUGAUGCAGAUUGAAGCAGGUAGGAGGGCUGAGUUGGGGUGUAGAAGAUCUGUGGUCGGGGUGUCAGGGCAAACUGCCUCCUUGCCUCGAUAGUGGCCCAGAAUUUUGCUCCAGAAAGAUAUGAUCCAGUUUAGCCAGGGUUGUGGCAUUAUGGGUCUCUGCAUAACAUCUGAUUGCAGUUGCCGCCAUUGUAGAAGCCUUGUGGCGCCCCUGUAUACUGCAGGCUAAGUUGUUGGGAGUAGCAGUGAGGGAUCUCCUGGGACUGGGAUGACCCCCGUCGGUCCAAAAGGGGAGGGAACUGAAGUGUGCGCUGUGAAGUAGGACGUGGUGUCCGGAGAGCGGCCAUCCCUCUGAUGCCUGUCCAGCUUGUAGGCCACAAAUUGUGAGAUGUAGGUUUCCUGGAACAGUACAGCACCGAGUUUGGUACCGUACGAAUCAGCAGGAUCCCCACUAUCUGGUGAGUUGCGUUUUACGUUGAUAAUAGCAGGUUGGCAGGUGUAUAAAGUAGAUUAGGCAGUUUGUGCUCAGGAGCUUGUCAAACCUGCGUCUGCUCUGCUUGCCAGUCAGGCUCUGCCCCCCGACAAAGGAUAUUUUCAUUUGGAAUAUUCGUGAUCAUCCUGUGGAUUCAUAACACAAACUUCUUUGUAACCUUCUUUAGAUGGUUUAUAAUUUAAUCUUGAAUCUAUUGCUCUUGUUUUGUACAUACAUUAACAGUAAAUAUGUAUUUGUCCACUUCAGGCUAGUUCUUGGAAAACCCCUUGGCGAAGGCUGCUUCGGACAGGUAGUGAGAGCAGAGGCAUAUGGGAUUGACAGAGAUCGACCCGAUAAGCCGGUUACUGUUGCAGUAAAGAUGCUCAAGGGUAAGUUUUUCUGUUGGGUUACUACAAAUAUUCACCAGUUCAUCAUUAAAACAAAAAAAACAAUAUGUGUUAUAUACAUAACGGUGUUAUGUAGGAUAACAUGGAUUUCAUCAUGCUACAUAUUAUAAUAAUUAUUAUUUCAUUAGUAUGUUGUUUUUGCCCCCAAGGGUUUUAUAUAUAUUGAAAGCUUGUUAAUAAAUAAUACUAAUUUUAAUUACAGUUAUUUUGUUGACCUGCUUAAUAAUAGAACCCACCAGUAGAUUGUUUGAAGAGUCUGUAUAGCUGGCAGUUGUAUUAUUAAGGGACUGGUAGGAGGGUACAGUCUCAAAAGAUAAAUCACAGAAAUCAAUUUAGCCCAAAUCUUGCUUACCCCAUACACCCCAUACAAAUUUAGUUUGGACAAAUAAUGCUAACGUUACCACCAAGUGAGGCAAAGGAAGAGAUUUGGAUGUGGAGAGAUCCUCUGAUUUAUGUCACGUUGCUUACAAAUUAUUUUAAUAGUCACUCAUUUUUUUGUACCAUAACUACUACAAUAAGCUGUAAACAUUAUUCUAAUUAUUCAAUCCUAUAUAUUCAUGUAAUGUACUUAAAGUGGCUCUGUCAUCAUCUGGGAUCUUUGCAUAAUUUGCAAAGACCCUAGAUGGUGACAUUGAUGCUGGGAAUCUGGUGGCCAUGGGGGGAGGGAAGGUUUUACUUAGCUGAAACUGUCAUACACAGGCGCCGCCAUGAUCUUCCAUCCGGUCUACGUUGUCGUAGGAUCCGUUAUCAGCACUUGAGGUCUAUUGAGGAGCCCACGAGACCCUCAGUAGAAAGAGGUUUUUCUUCCCAACAGCCGUCAAUAAUGACAGCUGGGGAUAUGACAAACUUGACAAAAGCUCCCCGUUUUCUCAAGCUUGUCAAGCAUAGGAAAAAUACUAAGACAAAGUAGUGUCUACUUUGUCUCAGUAUAUCUUUUGAUACAUUCUUGGUAACAUCACUCCCUGUUAUUUAGCCAUUAUUGUCCUAGGUCGUGUGCCACAAUAAGCUGGCAUCACAUUUUAUGAUGGCAGACUUAUUACAGCAUGUAUGCCAGGUAUGUUGCAACCCAUUCGUUCCUGGUCCAAGGACAGUGGAAAAUAACCUUGUGUUUUGCAAGGGACACAUUGAGUAAAUGUUACAACAACAGGAAGAUAUUUAAUGCACUUAGAGGUGAAUUACUGUGUGUUACGAGUUUAAUACAGAAUCCAUUUUAAGAUUUACCUUAAUGAAUACGUUUUUAGAAAUGACUCACGAACAUCUAUAAAAUAGAAGGAAUAUUUGUUUAUGUAAUUAGCAUAUUAUCUAAUUGAGUAGUUUUGGUGCAUUGUUAUUGGACUUUUUGUCACUGGUCCCAAUACAAAAAAGCUGUCAGUCAUCUUAUCUUGGCUGCUAAAUAAUUCUUGAACUAAGCUGACACAUUUUACAGUUUUUUUCUUCAUUCUUUAUUGCUUGUGUACUGAACGUUUCUCCUGUGUAAUCUAGAUAACGGUACCGACAAGGACCUAUCAGAUCUCGUCUCUGAAAUGGAAUUAAUGAAGAUGAUUGGAAAACACAAGAAUAUAAUCAACCUACUCGGUGUUUGCACACAGGAAGGUGAGUAAGAAACAGGAUGGAAAGUAACAGUGAGAAGGGGAUGGUGAGAGAGGAUUUGGUAGCCACAAUGUGAUGUUUGUAAGGAGCACCCAGGAACCAAAGAUGCUCUAAAACCUAAAGGCGUCAUACGUUGAGUGUGAUCCUAGGUAGCUAUGAUGGCAAGAUAUAACCCACAAACUCUAUAACAUGUUUAUAGGAUUUUUUUCUUAAACUUUUUGCCAAAAAAAACUAGCUGGAAGAAUUUAUGCUGCAGAAACGCAAUUAAUGGCCAAAUCUUGUCUUGGUACUUAUUCUAGUUUGUCAGCUUGUCAAAGCAGUGCCCUCACCUAUUCUUGUUCCCAUUCACCUAAAUAGUCCAGAUUUUAUUUUGACAGAUCUAUAGAUGUGGUCAUAAACGUUAUAACCAUAAUGUAAUUUAGCUUAAAUCUUCCUUUUCUUUCUUCAGGGCCAGUCUUUGUUGUUGUUGAAUAUGCUUCCAAAGGAAACCUGCGAGAAUUUCUGCGUGCACGCCGUCCUCCCACACCAGAAGAUGCCUUCGAUGUCACCAAAGUGCCUGAAGAGCUGCUUUCCUUUAAAGAUCUUGUGUCAUGUGCCUACCAAAUUGCCCGUGGAAUGGAGUAUCUCGAAUCCAAGAAGGUAAGCAGCAGUGUGUCACAAACUGGAUUAUUUUCUACUACUUCUUUCUUACUCCAACCACUCUGACCACUUCAGUGGUAGGAGUCGGUAUGUCAGGUGGUAGGAGUCAGUAUGUGCAGUGUUUCAAUUUGGAACACUGCACAUACUGAGAUAUUCUUAAUUGUGUGUUGAGGGCUAGUUGCAACCCCAGCAACUAGCCCUAGGGGUAUUCCUUCCUGCUUACCUGUGUUGCUUAUUUUUUAUUUUAUUUUUUUAAAUAAACCCUCCCUAUUCUUUCCCUCCACCUCCCACCCUCCCCUCAGCAGUGCGGAGCGCCCGCAUGCACUCUGAGCCUGGGAAUUGGUCCCAUCACAGGCUUCUUUAUCAUAAUCUUGUGAUUAAACUGCGCGUGGCCACAGUGACGUAAGGUAGGGGGAACAUCACCACAAUGCCAAAUAGGACAUAUUACAUCUGAUAGGUCCCCCUCUCAAAAGGGUUUUAGUAAACAUUUAAUGUAAACAUAUUAAAUGAAUAAUAAUACUUAACUCAUAGUGGAAAAAUGGGCAUGUGGCAACCAAGAAAAAAACAAAUUUUUUUUUUCCAGCUGUUGCAACUGUAUCCCAAAGAGUUAUUACAAUUGACUCAAGCAGGUUGCAGCAUUUCUGCAGUAAUAACCUUUCAGAGAACAUAAUGGCUUCAGCUGAGUCAAGAAGUAUUUCCUGAAAACUAAAGGAUUCACAACACAUUAAGAAAAGUGAUUUUUAGUAUUUAGUAGCUACAAUAAAAUUAUUUAUCAUGCUGUGCAAACAGGAUUUCUUAUCCUAUUGUACAGCACUACAGAAUUUGCUGGUGCUAUAUAAAUAAUAAAAUAAUAAUAACUGGAUAGAUUAUUUUAAUUUCCAUGAAAAAUUCUCUUGAAUUUGUCUGGCGCCAUUAUCUGUGAAGUAUUGCCAGUUAUUUUAUGUUAUUUGCGUUCAAGGACAAAACAGAAAGGCAGUCCAGAUGAAAGUUAAAUGACCAGGAAGAGUGUUGAUUUAACAAAGUAUUACAGUUCUACUGGGAAUCUUGCAGACUCUGUAAAUAACGUUUUAUCUCCCCGCAGUGCAUACACCGGGAUUUAGCAGCUAGAAAUGUCCUCGUGGCUGAGGAUAACGUGAUCAAGAUUGCAGACUUUGGGCUGGCUCGAGGAGUGCAUGACCUGGAUUACUACAAGAAGACCAGCAAUGUAAGUUCGAGUGAAGAUUUUGGCUUCAUUUUAAAUCGUUUGACUGAAUUCAUGUUAGAGGAACCUACUCAAGAAUGAAAUGAGCUCUUAUGAUCUGCUGAUUAUCUGUGUAAUAACUUGAUGAAAUUACCUUAUUCUACCUGUGUGGAUCAUGUUGUGUAUUUUUAUGUAUUUAUGGCUUGUGCUUUGGUUUUUUUGAAACAGGGUCGUUUGCCUGUAAAAUGGAUGGCCCCAGAAGCACUGUUUGAUAGGGUCUACACGCACCAGAGUGAUAUGUAAGUACACUUUAUUGCAGUAGGAAACUGAUCUUUAAGAUUUUGUAUAGCAUACAUAUAACUGCUUGUACAAUUAUACUGAAAUGGUUAGCCAUGCAGAACUGCCUCUUACUGUUUGUACUGUUCAGUCUCAUUAACGUUCAUGAUUUAGCGUUGUAGUAUUUCACAACUUUCAUUUCACAACUUUAGUUAAAACUUUUCUACCUAAUGCCUGUCUAAUGAGAUUAAAUGGCUUUCUCAUCAGACAGGCAUUAGGUAAGUGCUUCUAUAGGCAAUCAAUUCCCAGCAGCCAUGGUCACUUAUCAAUAUUGUUUAUAAAGCACACGUAUAUUCUGAAAGGGUUUACUUAUACUAAUUACAUUUUAUUUUUAUAAUAAGACUGUCAUAGUGUCAUGUGUGCAGCUGUUUUAGUAGCAGACAAAUGUUAUUGCUGAGUUCUUGUAGUGGAAUAUGCAAUUCAUAUAAGAAAUCCGAAUUCAUAGAGUGGACACAGAGAAUCGGUUUAAAAUAUGCUUUAUCUAAAAAGUGUAUAUGCUCAGUGUGUGCCAGCAUCACUCGUCCGGGUAUAUUGUCAUUAUUUAACUAACAGAAUUGAAUAUUCCGAGGUAGUGACACAAAUGGGAGUAUGACUAAAGCAUUUAUGCAGAUUACUUUGAUUGUCCAUUAAAUUAUUUAUCGCAACUUCAUGGUUAAUAGUCUAGCCACAGAUUGUGGGGAAGAUAAUAGUAUUUUGAUUCUAUGCAGAUUAUUCCACACAGCUUGUCACAGUAACAGCUGUUUGUUAAAUGUAUGCAUAUGAUAUGGAUAAACGCUCAUUCAUAUACACACCGUGCCCCUAAAAGGGAGCUCUUUCAGGUAAACUAUCCAUUAGUGAACUAUUCCCCUUUGCUUCACAUUGUUCAGGUGUCACCUGCUUCAUAUGUUGUUUGUACAACUAUGUUCAACUGUAUGAUUCUUUCGUGACCUCAUCUGCACACUUGGCAGCGAGCUGUAGUGUGUUGAUAACAAAUUUACUAAAUGUACAGGGAGUGCAGAAUUAUUAGGCAAAUGAGUAUUUUGACCACAUCAUCCUCUUUAUGCAUGUUGUCUUACUCCAAGCUGUAUAGGCUCGAAAGCCUACUACCAAUUAAGCAUAUUAGGUGAUGUGCAUCUCUGUAAUGAGAAGGGGUGUGGUCUAAUGACAUCAACACCCUAUAUCAGGUGUGCAUAAUUAUUAGGCAACUUCCUUUCCUUUGGCAAAAUGGGUCAAAAGAAGGACUUGACAGGCUCAGAAAAGUCAAAAAUAGUGAGAUAUCUUGCAGAGGGAUGCAGCACUCUUAAAAUUGCAAAGCUUCUGAAGCGUGAUCAUCGAACAAUCAAGCGUUUCAUUCAAAAUAGUCAACAGGGUCGCAAGAAGCGUGUGGAAAAACCAAGGCGCAAAAUAACUGCCCAUGAAUUGAGAAAAGUCAAGCGUGCAGCUGCCACGAUGCCACUUGCCACCAGUUUGGCCAUAUUUCAGAGCUGCAACAUCACUGGAGUGCCCAAAAGCACAAGGUGUGCAAUACUCAGAGACAUGGCCAAGGUAAGAAAGGCUGAAAGACGACCACCACUGAACAAGACACACAAGCUGAAACGUCAAGACUGGGCCAAGAAAUAUCUCAAGACUGAUUUUUCUAAGGUUUUAUGGACUGAUGAAAUGAGAGUGAGUCUUGAUGGGCCAGAUGGAUGGGCCCGUGGCUGGAUUGGUAAAGGGCAGAGAGCUCCAGUCCGACUCAGACGCCAGCAAGGUGGAGGUGGAGUACUGGUUUGGGCUGGUAUCAUCAAAGAUGAGCUUGUGGGGCCUUUUCGGGUUGAGGAUGGAGUCAAGCUCAACUCCCAGUCCUACUGCCAGUUCCUGGAAGACACCUUCUUCAAGCAGUGGUACAGGAAGAAGUCUGCAUCCUUCAAGAAAAACAUGAUUUUCAUGCAGGACAAUGCUCCAUCACACGCGUCCAAGUACUCCACAGCGUGGCUGGCAAGAAAGGGUAUAAAAGAAGAAAAUCUAAUGACAUGGCCUCCUUGUUCACUGAUCUGAACCCCAUUGAGAACCUGUGGUCCAUCAUCAAAUGUGAGAUUUACAAGGAGGGAAAACAGUACACCUCUCUGAACAGUGUCUGGGAGGCUGUGGUUGCUGCUGCACGCAAUGUUGAUGGUGAACAGAUCAAAACACUGACAGAAUCCAUGGAUGGCAGGCUUUUGAGUGUCCUUGCAAAGAAAGGUGGCUAUAUUGGUCACUGAUUUGUUUUUGUUUUGUUUUUGAAUGUCAGAAAUGUAUAUUUGUGAAUGUUGAGAUGUUAUAUUGGUUUCACUGGUAAUAAUAAAUAAUUGAAAUGGGUAUAUAUUUGUUUUUUGUUAAGUUGCCUAAUAAUUAUGCACAGUAAUAGUCACCUGCACACACAGAUAUCCCCCUAACAUAGCUAUAACUAAAAACAAACUAAAAACUACUUCCAAAAAUAUUCAGCUUUGAUAUUAAUGAGUUUUUGGGUUCAUUGAGAACAUGGUUGUUGUUCAAUAAUAAAAUUAAUCCUCAAAAAUACAACUUGCCUAAUAAUUCUGCACUCCCUGUAUAAGAUAGCAGCUCAUCUAGAAAGACAGAACGCUGAAUUUAAUAUAUUUUUUUCACUAACUCCUUUUUUAACUUUGGUUUGUUCUCAACCUCCCACAACCAGUUUUUUAGUAACCCAAAAUUAGAUACUGUACAACUGAGUAGAUUGCAUAUAGAGAGUGUUGGUUUGUUUCAGCCCUGUGAUUCAUGUCCUAAUUGAUUUUUAACUAAUUGCUGCAGCUGGUCAUUCGGUAUUUUAACAUGGGAGAUAUUCACUCUUGGAGGCUCUCCAUAUCCCGGAAUUCCAGUGGAAGAGUUAUUUAAACUCCUUAGAGAAGGUCAUCGAAUGGACAAACCAUCCAACUGCACCCAUGAGCUGUAAGUAUAUUGUAGUCAAUGUCGGAUGUUUGACUUUUUGGGAUUGCAGUGCAGUUGCCAUUGAAAAGUGGUUUGGUGGCCCUUUAGCCCACUUAGUAGCCACAUUUCUGGCUAACACAUAAAACAGAGUUUCAACCUGUGCCCUCUCCCCCAACACUGCUGCUGUAAACCGACAACUACAAUUAUUCAAGAAUUAGUUGUAAAAGCACAAUCAUUCUUAAUAGACAUUUUGUAUUCUUAUGCUAAUUCAUUGCCAAUUGAUGUUUGACACCCUACGUAAUAGUUUCAGAUAUACAUGUUAGGUAGCCCUGCUCAGCGUUCUGCACAUCUCUUAAUGGAUGGUUUUACCAAUUUUAUAACCUUCACCUUUUUAGGUACAUGCUGAUGAGAGAGUGCUGGCAUGCCGUUCCAUCCCAGAGACCCACCUUCAAACAACUGGUGGAACAUCUGGACAGGAUCCUGGUAGCUGUGUCAGAGGAGGUAAGAAACAAUUUAAAAUUAAUUGGUGAAUGCCACAUUACAAAAUGUGUCUAAUUUACACAAAAUCCUCUUGUUAUUUAGAGUCUGUUAACUGUUAGAACUGUUAUCUUUGGCCCUAUCUGUCUGUAGCGUGGUUUCAUUAUUGUAUUAAUUCAUUAUUUAGUGUUCAAUUAUAAUAUUUUUUAUUUAAAGUAUUACAUCAGUCUGUAGAUCUGUUACCAUAGACUUCCCAAGCUUAAAUCCAUCUCAAUGUUUUCAAAUAAUACUAAAUACCAGUGUUCAAAAUUUCAACUAGACUUUGAAUGGUGCAGAGUUAGCCCUGGUGAGUGUGACAUGGCACUUGCGAUGAGUAGUAGCGGAGAACACAAAAUGUUAAUAUUCCAAGUCCUCCACUAUUAUUCACUGCAGGCCCUCUAUAAACUGUGAUCUAGAAAGUUAUGGAAAAGUAGAUUUUUUUUCAUUAGCUAAUAUUUUUGUUCAAAUAACUCACUACAUUGUCUCUCUCCUUUAUAGUACCUGGAUUUAUCUAUGCCUUUUGAACAGUAUUCUCCAGCCUGUGAAGACACCGCAAGCACAUGCUCCUCUUCAGAUGACUCCGUGUUUUCCCACGAUCCUGAGCCAACACCUCCCUGUGUCUUCAAUUACCACAAUGUUCCCGCUCUAUCUGUUCAAAUGGGGACAUGAGACCAAAGACUGCACGGGUACCCUAAUGGGGAGGGCAUAUGAACAUUUUGAUACUUUUAAUAUUCCUCCACUUAGUAGGAACCUAAUUUAUUGAAAAGACAACCUGUGUCUGGUUUACUAGACUGCGGGGUGAAAUAAAAUCUGUGCUGGUUUUCUGUCUUGCUGAGGAGAAACUUGAAAUGUCUCAAUCCCACCAGCGUACAGGAUGCAAAGCACUUGGAGCCUCCCGACUGGCUCUGUUUAUGAUCACAGAGGUCAUGUCUGCCACCAACUAUGAGAGGGAACAUAUUGCCUUAUUCUGAAAUCCCAUUCUAUGGAUUUGAUGGACUGCAGCUGGUGGUGAUACAAUCCCCAGACCUCUCUCAAAAGUCAUACAAAAGAACAGUAAUGCACUGUGAUGCCACCAGCCUAUAUAUCUGAGAAAUAGACCUUCCGGUUAAAGGAAUUCUUGCGAUCUCAACUUUUGUAAUUCAUGGUCUUACAAUUGACCAUAAAGUGCCUGGAGUUUGUAUUAAUGCCUGUAUAUAUUUUCUAAAAAAAAAAAAAAAGAGAUAUUUAUGUACUUUUCAGAUACAUAGGUCAUUUAAACAUUUAUUUUAAUGGUGAAAGAGAGGGUUAAUUUCUAAAGAAUUUUAGCCUCCUUGAAUUGGUUACUCUUCUUCCGUCAGUCAAAUAAUUUAUCCUUGUUGGUUUUUUUUUUGUUUAUGUUACGGUACAUUGGACUCAGAACCUUUUACAAUCAAUCUGUUGUAAAAUGCUUUUAUACACUAUAGAUAUAUUUAAAACAGAAUAAUGUUGCUAUUUUGCAAUUUACCAAACAUUUUCAUAUGUCAUUUUGAUUUAUUUUAUAUAUUGUAAAAAAAGUUACUUUUAAUAUAAAGACCUAAAUUAUAUGGAAAAACAAAAAUCAUCAUCAUGGGCUCAUGUCUUUUAUACCUGAUACCUUAUAUUAUUAUG